CCCUGCCUUCAUCCAGCGCGCCGCACAGCGUCCUCCUCCGCGGCUCUGCAGCCUCCCUCCCCCGCUCUGCAGCCUCUCUCCGCGGCUCUGCAGCCUCCCUCCGCCGCCCGCACACCGCCGCCGUCCAGCCUGAGUCCGUGGAGCAAGAGGAUGCGGGCUGUCGCGUUUUGCGGCAGCAUCUUGUCUGUGCACAUUUUCCUCUGCGUUCAUUCUCUGCCGGUGCACGAGCCGAGGACCGUCAGCAGGUACAAGCAGCUCCAGGGAUGGCCUCACAGCAACAGUCACAUCGGUCUGAAGAAGAGGGAAAGACAUGAACAGGACACGCUAAGUAAUGAGUACCCCUUGAAGUCGGUACUGGCAUCCAAAAAUGACACGGAGUUCUGGAAGCGUCCUCGCUGUGGAGUCCCAGACUACCCCACCUUAAUGCAGGUGGGCCUGUCAUACUACAACCUGAAGAAGAAGAAGAAGGGAGGCCUGAAGCGACAGCAGCGCAAGAAGCGCUUUGCGCUGUUUGGAGGCCGCUGGGAGAACACUGACCUCACGUACAAGAUCGUACGUUUCCCCUGGCAGAUGAGCGAGGGCAAAGUGCGGCGCAUCUUCCAGGAGGCUUUUGGUGUGUGGAGUGCAGUGACUCCUCUGAGGUUCAGAGAGGUCACCACCGAGAAAGCCGACAUCAUUAUCGACUUCAACAGAUACUGGCAUGGGGACAACUUGCCGUUCGAUGGUCCUGGGGGAAUCCUGGCCCACGCUUUCUUCCCCAGGACUCACAGAGAGGGAGAAGUCCACUUUGACUACGAUGAGCACUGGACAGUGGGCAACAACGUGGGCACUGAUCUCCUUCAAGUGGCAGCUCACGAGUUUGGCCACGUCCUGGGCCUGCAGCACUCCCUGGAGCCUGAUGCUGUGAUGUGUCCUUUCUACAGCGACUCUUACCCUCUACAGCUGAGCGAGGACGACAAGAGGGGCAUCCAGUAUCUGUAUGGCCCCCCUCGGCACGCACCGCCCGAGAUGACAGAGACCAACGACAUAGACGUCGGAAUGCCGGACGCCUGCAGAACCAGCUUUGAUGCCGUGUCCAUGAUCAGGGGAGAACUGUUCUUCUUUAAGUUCCGAUACGUUUGGCGUAUCCGUGAUGGGCAGCUACAACCUGGAUAUCCAGCGCUGGCAUCACGCCACUGGAGAGGCAUUCCUGACCACAUCGAUGCUGCGUAUGAAGACAAGUCAGGCAACAUCUGGUUCUUCCAAGGCGACAGCUACUGGGUGUUUGAUGCUGAGAGGAAGAUCACAGGACCAGAUUCGGUGCGUCAGCUGGGUCUUCCUGUAACAGAUAUCCAAGCGGCUUUGAAGUGGGAGGAGGACCGCGUUGAGAAAGUCUACCUUCUCAAAUCCACUUCCUACUGGCCCUUCAAUCCUCAGGAGAAUCGAGUUGAUGAUAUCCAUCCUCGUAGCAUGCGCGAGUGGCAAGGAAUGCCCGGUCAUACUGAUGCCGCCUUUCGGGACAGAUAUGGUUAUGCCAAUUUCCUGAGUGGGCUGCACUACUGGAAGUUUGACCCCGUGACGCUGAAGGUGCUCGAAGGCUACCCCCGCCGCAUCGGCACGGAUUUCUUCGGCUGCAGUGCCUUAAUGUCACAAUAAGUUCACACACAUACAUCUGCUAAAGUGGGUUGGCUUUUCAGAUGAUUUCCCCACACAGUACUAUUUUGGAGAUAUACUUAAGGAUGUAUUUAACUUCGACCCAUAUACAUGUAACAACAAACUCUCACCAAAGUCAUUGCUGGCUACAAUCAAAUGAUUUUUUUGAUAACAUUGGAUUUGUAUUUGAAAAUAUAUGUAAAAGGUUGCUAGAUUGUACCGUGAGUGGAAGUCUCUCAGUAGCAGUCAGUCAGUUUCUGCUUCCUUUCGCAGGGCCAGGAAUGAUUUGGUCAAUUUGACAUGAGCGUACACAUCUGGAGGAGACAGCUGGUUAAAAUUGUGGAUGGUGGUGAAAUUCAGUCCUGAAAAAAGGUCCACCCUCAGGCUUUGGUCCCAAAACUCACUGCCCAAGCUGCUUGAAUUUGUCCACAUUGAAAGAGUAAGUCCUCUGUAGAUGCCAGACAAAUAGCACUGCUAUACAAGCUCUGUGGGCUGAAAGGCUCGCGCCUCUUCAGCACACAGUGAAGUGCUGUACUGCAAUGUUGCCUUAUGGAAAGUACAUGUAGCCCCCACAGGCCGGCAGUGCGAGCAGGAUUACUAGACUGAGUGCAAAUACUCCUUAAUGCGUAGAGUAAGAACAAACCAAAAACAACGCUGCGCUUACUAUCAGAGCCGAGGUAUGAAUUCACGUCUUCCUCCAGGAACUAGGCUGCAUCUCGGGUUGAAUACUGGCACACUAUACCAACACUAAUACACAAUAUGAUACUCCACAAAUUCUUCUCCUGUUUCUGGAAAAAUACCUGCGUCAGCCGGGGAUUGUUGGCGUGUGUCUGCUUGUCUGUCUGUGUGCACCUGCGUGUUCAUGUACUGAAGACCAGUGAAGUCAAGUUCCUGGAAAAAUGCAAGCACUCAUUACAUUAUUACUGAGUGAAAAGGUAAUUAACUACUUACUAAUGUGCAACAGUAAUUUGUUACAUUACUUAUUAUAUUACUUUAGUUACUCAGCAGAGCACCAGCAAGUGUGUUUAAACAUCUCCAAAGGCUCCACGCCCACAAGCUACACCUUCUGUACCUGACAGUGUGAUUUAACUAGUAGUCAGCUGUUAAGCAGGUAUUCACUGACCAUCAAAAGCUGCCUUACCCCCACGACUGCACGCGGCAUAGAGGUCCUGUCCUCACAGCAUGCCUGUCAACACUGGGAUUUGAAAAUAAGGGAAGCCCACCCUGGACCACCCCGCCACCCUUACCACUCUCCAUUUAGACAGUGCUACACACAGUGAAAAUCAUAACAUCACCAGCAGGCUACCACCUGCUUUAAAAAGGAUUGUGAUAACUAGUUCCUACAUUCAGUGACUGCAGUCAGGGGGUGCAAUGAAUCAACGUAUCAGUGAAAACAGUAAAGGGCAGAUAAAUCCAGCACUUAGUUUAUAGAUGUAUUACUUGAAGGAUAUAUUCACAUCACUGACACGUUAUGCUCCAGCUGUGAUUUUGAGAGGCUGCUGGCAGGAGAGACAGUCGCAGCAGGGGGUGAUGAUGACAAUGGACGGCAGAGAUGGUAGAAAUACAGCGAGUAGAGCAUGUCCCUGACAGGUUGACCUCCUCCCAUGGUGAGACACUCCUACAGACUUUUAGCUUCUUUUCAAGCCGUCAUCAAUGCAUAAAACUGCCAGUAUUCAAAAUCUACAUAGUUGAUGUCUGUCUGAUACCCCUCCCAGUUUUUGUGGCUGUUCCAGGCUUUGCAUUGUGGGAUGGACAUUUUUGCUGAAUCCAGGUAUUUUUGACUUUCUGCAGUUUUUGCCUUUGUUUGCAUACUAGAUGCUACAUUAUAGACAGAUAAGUCCAUACUGUAGGCGGUUUUGAAUACAGAUAGGGAUUGACAGCUGUGGUGUAAAAAACAAAUUUCAAAUUGUAUUUCUUGUUCAGACUACAAGAUGUUUCUGUCCAGUAAAAUGGUGACAGUGUCAGAUUAGACGAUUGCAGAGUCAGAAUUUCUUGACAGAGCUGAGACAUGACAGACUUCACGUUGGUCUUUGACCAAUCACAGCUUGCUGUUAUUCAUGACAUCCACAAGGUCAUUAGGAAGGAGGUGGGAGGGACAGACUUCCAGGAAGAAGAAUGUAAACAAACAAUAGCAUCUGGAGUGUUUGAUACUGGCCGUCUCCACAGGAUGGUGUCCUCCUGGAACCACUCAUGCAGGGAUCUGAAGAUUCUGUAUCGUUGCCUAUUAUAGUAAUAUAGUAAUGUUUUUAAAAACAACUCCAUUUGUAUCCUGGGAAAAGAUGAAUAUAUUCCCAGGAAGUAAGAACUUGAAAAUCACAGGAAAUCUUUCCACACUAGCUGCAUCCCACGACAUCCCACCACCUCCUUGAUCUCCCUCCAAGAAGUCUGCGUCUUUGUAGUCUGGAUGCAGUGAGUCGUGUACGGUAAAUGGGGAUAAUUGCGCACACUUUUGAAGCAUUGAUGGGCUCAGUUGCAGACACAAAAGUGAAGUAGUUUGUGACAAAGGAAGAAGAGAGACAGCUUGAGACAGACGUAAGACCGCAGGCUGUCUCGCCAUGUUGCACUGCCAGUGCUGUUCACAGGGGAGCCCAGCUAAUUCAGAAGCACUCAACCUUAAUUGAACUGAGGUCCCUUGAGCGCUGCUUGUAAGAGACCCGAGCACAAGGCAACGAGAGUCAGUCGAUCCACCACUACGAUUCGGACUGCAAACCAUUAUUAUGUUGUUAAGCAAACCGCAAUAUAAAAAAUAUGCAAGAAAUCAUAAAGUGGAAAUCGAUCAAACAAACGGCUACAUCUGUACAAACAGGACAAUGACAAGAUGAGCGAGGAAUGUGUUCUGCUCUGCUCUGCUAGAAGGUCACUGCGAUGCUGAACUGCACGCCCAAACUGACAGAAAGAGCAGAAAGCUGACGGGAUGUUGGAUCAGGUCGGCUCGCUCGGCGUGCAGAUCUGCACUCCAUGUGUUGAGAUUUGGGAGGUGUGUGUUUUAGUGUCUCUGUGACCUUUGAUUACCCAUAGCCCCCCUCUCUGCGUCGCUUUGUGAAGACGCUUGCCUGUAUCUCUGCAGAAGUAGAGUUCCAGCUGCACUCUUCUUCCUCAGCGCCACCCGGGCACUGGCUUCAAAUCCACUGUUCACACACUUCACACAGAAGCAGCUGCAGUUUUGGAGGCGUACUUAUCUUUUUGCAGGCCUUACAUAUCUGCAGAUCUCUGCCUUUAUUUCUAUUUCCAAAACAUGUUAAUCUCAUUUGUGCCUCCUCGGUUUCCUUUGAUGUUAGUCAUGAGCUUCUCGUGCUCGCAGACUCCUGUAGCCACCUCAGCCACAGACCAUUUAGCUCUGCAGAAAUUAGGCACGCAACAGAAAGGGACUUUUGGAGUUUUGGGAGGCAACAAGUAAUCUGGAGCAGUCAGGAAAUGACUCAUUUUUGCUGAUGCAGGGCAGCACAACAAUAAUGUAAUAAUUCACAAAAGCCUUCCAGUCUAGUAUUUAGCAUGACGAUAGAUAGCUACUGUAGGUAGUGAUCCUGGCACUGACUGUAGUAAAGAGUUGUGUAGCUUUUUUGUGCUGCAGGUGACCAGCUUGUAUCACCCAUAUUAUAUCAUCCAUUGACAGUAGCAGGUAUUGAAAAUCAACUUUGGGUCAGUUUGGUCACACUGAUUUCUCUAAAUUCACUGCAGCAUGUCCAGAAUGAAUGAAGCUGUGUGCUACUUCGUUGAAAAUGUAAGGUGCUAUCCAAGGUUCUGUAGGCAAAGUAAACCAGUACCUCAUAUACUGUAUUACACAAACUCAAGAAACUGUUCUUUUUACUCUUCAGUGUAUUCCUUUGGUGCAUGUUUAUGGAGCCAUACAAUCGUCCUCAUUAUUCGUUGAAGAGCUUUGUUUCCAUUCUCUGACUGUUACUGUGCCUUCAUCAGAGGAGCUGAGUCUUUCUCAGAUCAUUAAAACCAUGUUAUAUUUGGCUGACGAUAUAAUGUGGUCUGACCUAAAUGACGUGUGUCAGUCCUCGUCAGAGAAACGAGACAGAGCUUCACUAUGGUUCGACUUACUGUGUAUUUUUAUGGAUAUUGUAUUUGUGUUCAGCUGUUUCUAGUCAGUGCAGGACACUGAUUAUUGCAUUGAUUUGUUAAAUACAUUGUGGUUUGUCUGUAGAAAUAGCAGUCCAGUGUAGCUUGGACACUGUCAGGUGUGAUUUUUAAUAGUGCCAACAUGUCCUGACAGCCAUGUUUUAUCUAUUUUUAUACACAUUCAACACAUACGGAUCUGUUUGCCUUUAUAUUCACUUGUUCCACUCAGAAUAUGUAUUUCUCAUGUGAAUAAAUUUGUAAAGUU